UUCUCAAUAUGCUGUCGCACUGACAGCUACACAAACCGCUGAACAAUAUCGUUAAUAUGAGCAAAAUAAAUCUUGACAGAGAACUGUAAUAUCUUAAGUGAUGAUGAUGUACUAAAAGAUAAACUGACAGUGGUCUUACGGAUUGUGCGAUUGAAUACCAAACACCAUUUAACGAAUAAUAAGAUCUGAGAAUGAACAUUCCUGGAUUUACAUACUUAACAUUGUUGCAUUUUCUGGGCAGGGACGUGUAAUUAAUAUUCUUCUCUAGAAACAGGGAUUUGUUCAGAUCUGAUUGCGUUCGGUUGUCUGAAACUGACAAGGAAGCCUGCAGUCGAUGUUUGAAUGCAUUUGAAAUGACUCCGGAGUUACUACCAUCGCUCUUUAUUAUCUUAAUUGUUCUGAGGAAUGCCUUUGGAAUUAUUACAGACGAACAACGGCUUCAUCACGAAAUUAUGCAGAAACGGCAUUUCAGUAAGCUGAUAAAACCUCCAGGGGAAGGUGACAACAAUACAUUGACCGUCAAAAUUGCUAUGAGACUCUCUGAGCUUCUGUAUGUAUCUGAAAGAAACCAAAUUGUUACAACGAAAAUGUGGUUGAGGCAUGAGUGGUACGAUGUUCGAAUGAAGUGGGACCCUACAGACUUUGGGAAUAUCACCUAUACACACUUCCCCAUCGAGGAUAUGUGGCGACCAGACAUUGUUCUUUACAACAAUGCUGAUGGCGAUUUUGAGGUUACCCUUCUCAUAAAAGCGUACGUUAUGUACACAGGCAUGGUUAUAUGGGAGCCACCAGCCAUUUACAAGAGUUAUUGUCCAAUAAAUGUCGAGUACUUUCCGUUUGAUGAGCAGGAAUGCUUCUUCAAGUUCAGCUCAUGGGCGUAUGAUGGUAUUGAGGUGGACCUCCGCCAUGUCUGGGAAGAGGAAAGGGGAAUCAUUGAAAACAAUCAAACAAAAAUUCCAAUGGGUGUUGACCUGUGUGAUUACAGUCAAAACUUCGAGUGGGAUAUCAUCAACGUUACCGCUACAAGGAAAGUAAAGUUCUAUCCCUGUUGCCCAAACAUGCCUUAUCCUGAUAUAACGUUCUGGAUUACAAUACGUCGCAAAACUUUGUUCUAUACAGUUAACUUGAUAAUGCCUAUUGUUGCCAUUUCAACACUGACUGCUCUUGUGUUUUAUUUACCGAGUGAAUCUGGCGAGAAGAUAACCUUGUCAAUCUCUAUUCUUCUAGCACUAACUGUGUUCUUUUUGCUUCUAUCUGAUAUCAAUCCUCCAACGUCAUUGGUGAUACCAUUGAUCGGUAAAUAUUUGCUCUUCACUAUGAUCGUUGUGACAAUGUCUAUAUUUCUGACAGUGUACACAUUGAGUGUUCAUUUUCGCUCCCCUGCAACUCAUAAGAUGACGGCAUGGACGAGGAAACUCUUUAUUGAAAUACUUCCUCAAGUUUUGUGCAUGAAAAGACCUGAUCAGGAAGAUGUAAAGCUGUGUAACCUUAUGGAUGAAAUUGUAAGCGAGGGGACCGAAAACAAGAAAAAUACGGCGAGAUUCCUGUUACGGCAACAUUACAGAGAUGUUGAAAACCUAAACAGCGGUGAAGCCAAAUUUCGCAGAAUAAGGACCAUAAAAAGUAUUUACAAUUAUCCUGACAAAAUCAAAGCAUCAUUGAGAGGAUUGACUUAUAUAGCUGAACACAUGAGGAACAGCGACAAAGAAAAAAAGGACAUGUUGGACUGGAACUAUGUUGCCAUGGUGAUGGACCGCCUGUUCCUGUUCCUUUUCACUUCUGCCUGUACAGUAGGGACUUUGACAAUCUUCCUGAGUGCGCCCUCUAUCCAUAAUCCUCAGCCGCCACUUACACGGAGCGACUUAUUCUGUUCUAGGAGAUGAUAGCGGUUGUGGUGUUGUUUAAGGCCAAAUAAAGACAAAACAAAUUGUUUAACAGAAAUGAAUUGAUCAUUUUAACGACACAUUUUAUUAUGUAUAUACAAAUAUAUACGAUAUGAAAUGAACUAUUACAAAAACAAAAUACAACUAAGCAGUUGAAAUAUCUGUUUCCCUUAUGUGACCAAACAGUUUAAGUGUGACUUAAGUAUAUGAUAAAAUUCCGGAACAAAUAUACUUCAUCAUUCCUUUCGGACUUAAAGACAAGCAUGUAAACGAACAGACCUAUGCGACUCACUCAAAAAGUUUCACAAAAUAAAAUAAUAAUCGAAGUCGGACAAACUCCAUCCAUACAAUAAGUUAAGAAUAAGGGGUUAAACUUUUCAAGAUGUGUUUCAUUUGCGUCACUGAUUUUGCAGCUUUCUUUCAAUUGUAUAACUGUGACUAGUCGGCCAAACUCCAUCCAUACAAUAAGUAAAGAAUAAGGGGUUAAACUUUUCAAGAUGUGUUUCAUUUGUGUCACUGAUUUUGCAGCUUUCUUUCAAUUGUAUAACUGUGACUAUGGAUCUAUCUUUAUAAGGGCAUUUGCGAUUGAGUACCUUGAAAGGUAUACACAAAGUAGUGCCUAGUAUUGCACUUUUUGAAAAUGUUUAUGCUAGAACACAAUAUAUCUGUUUAUGACUGCAAGGUUGUUUAAGGUCAAACAUGGACCAGAAGAAAUAUACACAUAGUGUAUUCCGCUCAAAGUGAUGAUAAUGUUGUACAAGAGAUUGACAGUAAACAAAUAUAAUUCUGUAUUUACGAGAGGUCAAAUGUACAAAUUUUAAAGGUACGAAAUGAACGAAUUUUAGAAGCGAAAUUAACCAAUUUCUGGAUCGACCCUCGUAAGAUAUAUUGGAAGAGUGUUCCGCUCCUUGGGAUGCUAAUGUUGUACAAGAGAUUUGGAGUAUAUGCUAUGUAAAACGUAUACCAUUCAAAGUUGUUUUUAAAGUGUGAUCAUAUUAUUAUGUUAUUGCCGUAUCAUAAAUUAAAUGAACAUAUGUA